UACAUAAUGAAUCCAGUUACCAGCUGUUUAGCAGAAGAGGUUUCAGGCGAGCCAGAAUAUCUCCAAAUGCGACGUUCACCGCUCCUGCAUCACUUAGCUCGCACCACUUACUGUACCUUACAUGGCACGGCCAUAAUCCUUUCGAGCUUCAGUUCUCGUGAUCCAGGAAGUUGAUGAAUUCAUGGCCUUCAUGGCCCUGGGCGCUAGCCAUCACGCUGCUGUUUUCGACAUCACUGUCUUCAAGGUUCACAUCGUACGCCGCUAAGAGAAUGGCCGCUGCUCACGUCAAGAAGUUAAGAGAACGUUAUCAUGGUCAGCAGGUUGAGAAACAGCUGCUUGGUACUCAACCGCAGUCCCUGAAAAUGAUAAGAGAUGACAAUGGACAACCUGCAUGUGGAAAAUGCACACGACGGAGACACAACGGAGGCCUAUGUCCCAAGAUCGACUUCCAUUCAACACCUUGCGGGUAUCACUGCAAUGACAGGAAACCCCAUUCCUGGCAGGGAGACAUAAACACGGCAGGUGGCGAGGCGUGAUCGAUCCUUGUAUACGGCCAUGAAUUGUAACAUAAUACUCGUUCAGUU